UAGGGGCGGGCCGACGACGGACCCGCCGGACUAACUGGAGGCCGGCGCAGGGUCGAGGCCACUGGACCCGCCGUUGGAAUCAGGCCUGGGUGAGGGUGCUGCUAGUUCUCUCCCAGCCAGGCCAAGGACAGGGUCGCAUGCUCCAGGAGGGGGAGCUCUCGGAGGGCGGCGGAAGGGGCCCCCCAGGCCUCCACGGCUAGCGGCGACCGCCCGCGCCUAAUCCCAACCAAAACACUACCUGCCUCCUCCUUCCGCUUCCGGGCCCACCGGCCCCGCCAUAUUAGGUUCUGGCCCCGCCCCCCGUCUCAUUGGCCCGGACUCAGGCCCACCUCCAGCUUAUUGGUCCAGCCCUCGCACCCAAACCCAACCCACCCAGCCUAGGGCCUUCUCCCGGCUAACUUCAGGUCCCUCCUCGUCUGGGCUCCACCCUCUCCCCGCCCACCCUUUAAGCCACGCCCCGGUCGUGCAACGCUUCUAGGCCAAAUUGGGUCCAAGUUUCGGGCUCGUAGGCCGCAUUGCUCCGCCCCUUCGCUCCAGGCUCCGCCCAUUUCACCCAGGUACUCCGCCGUACCCCGCUCGUUAGUCCCCAUGUCAAUCAACACUUCAGAUCCCCACCCACCGGCGCCGGGAGUCCUACUAGACCCCGCCUCCUUCUUAAGCCCCGCCCAAGCCUGCCUAGGCCCCGCCCGCAAUUCGCAUCCCUUCUCGCCAAGGCCCCUCCCCAGCCACCGAAGCCUGGUCAUCACAGGCUCCAUCCCUGCACCCCAUCCAGUUCCCUGUCGCACCCAGGUGUUUACCUGGCUCUUAGGUGAGUCGUGUGCCCUGGCGGUUUCGGUCUAAGCCUCCCGCCUCUUCUCCGGGAGGGUUCCUCAAGCCCGGAAGACACGGAGGGGCCCCAGACCAAAGGCGGUGGGCUCCCCAGCCCGGGUCCCGCCUCGGUGAGGCUGCUCGCGCCCCCCGCCCACACCCCUGAAGGCAGCGCCGAAGUGGUCCCGGGUCGCGGCGACAUGCCCGAGCUGGUGGUGACAGCGCUACUGGCGCCGUCGCGCCUCAGUCUGAAGCUGCUGCGCGCCUUCAUGUGGAGCCUCGUGUUCUCCGCGGCGCUGGUGGCCGCCGCAGUCUAUGGCUGCAUCGCGUUCACACACGUGCUGUGCCGGCCCCGACGCGGCUGCUGCGGGCGCCCCCGGAGCGCCCCACCCGCCUGUGUGAGCGACCCCACGCUGGGCGAGCACUGCUUCCUGACCCUCAAGAGCUCCGGCCUGCGCCUGCACUAUGUCUCCGCCGGACGUGGCAAUGGGCCCCUCAUGCUGUUUCUGCACGGCUUCCCAGAGAACUGGUUCUCCUGGCGCUACCAGCUUUGGGAAUUCCAGAGCCGCUUCCACGUGGUGGCUGUGGACCUACGGGGAUACGGCCCCUCAGAUGCCCCUCGGGAUGUAGACUGCUACACCAUGGACCUGCUGAUGACAGACAUCCAGGAUAUCAUCCUGGGCCUGGGUUAUUCUAGGUGUAUCCUGGUGGCCCAUGACUGGGGUGCACUCAUCGCCUGGAAUUUCUCCAUCUACUACCCAUCCCUGGUCGAGCGGAUGGUAAUUGUCAGUGCUGCCCCCAUGUCCGUGUACCAAGGAACUUCCCCCUGGAGCCCCAGGAGCUUGCCACCCCAACUCUGCUGCUGUGGGGAGAGAAGGACACCUACUUCGAGCAGGGGCUGGUGGGAGCCAUCAGCAGUCGCUUUGUGCCCGGCCGGCUGGAGGCCCAUAUCCUGCCAGGCGUGGGGCACUGGAUCCCACAGAGCAACCCUGGGGAGAUGCAUGAGUACAUGUGGGCCUUCUUGCAAGACCUGCUGGACUAGUGGCCCUCGCUCACUGGCCUGUGUGCACCUAGGAGACCCCACAGUGCAUGUACAUGGGUGGACUCCUGGAUUGUGCACGGGCGUGGAACUCGAGGCUGCACCCAAGGGUGUCUGCGGAGGCCCUCAGGCACACCAGCCCAUGGGCUCGCACACAGGUGUGUGUGUGUGCGCAGGUGAACAAGCGCCUCCAUCCUGGAGAACCAGGGGCAGCUCUCCUCGUGGAGCUAGAUGUGGAGCGCCCUACCUCUCCCCACCCCCAGGGCCUCACUGUUCUCCCCAGCGUCGGCCAUCGGAGCAGCACCAGACACAGACUCUGACCUUCCUGUCCCUGGCUUUCCCUGCAGUCUGAGUCUUCAGCUAAAUGCUGCUGUGUGCGAUAGGAUGCUGGCAGCCACAUCUGGCUGCUUCGGUUCACAUGCAAAGUAACUAAAAGAAAAUCAAUUAAAAAUUCAGUUCCCCAGUCACGCCGGCCAUACUUCAAGGGCUCAGUUGCCACAGCGGUAUAAGGGAUUCCGCCGGACAGUGCCGAGGGGCAUACUCCUAGAACAGGGGUAUCCACGCCGCGCUCCUGACCAGCUUCCCUGAGGGAGAACGCCCAUGUGCCAGCAGCUGGGUGUCUAGACUGUGGUCUAGCCGGACCCUGAGCAGUUCCCACGACCUUCCGCUCAGCCGUGACUCCAGGCUUUGUAAGCUCAAGUUCUCUUGCUGCGGCCUGGGAAAGAUCCCUGGGACCCCUGUCUCAGAUCCAUGGAAAAUUGGCUCUAGGCUCCAUUAGGUUGGAUGUGUGAGAUUCUGGACUGGCCCAGGAAGGGACCAGCUCUUUGAAUGAUCCUCUGAGGUCUGAGAACUGCCUCUCCAGCUCCGGGAAUCUUUUCCAAAUGAACCACAGUUUCUCCUGAUUCUCUCUGGGGUCCUCCGGCUCCAACCUCUGGGUGAGGGAGGUACAAGUAGAGGGUGAACCAUCCAGCACCAGGCCAGCUUUUGCCUGGCCUUUAGGGAUGGUGUCCUGACCUGCCGUGUGUUGAACCUCUCUGGAGACCAGCACCCUCAGAAAUACAUUCUCUUAUUCAUGGGA